GUUAUGUCAGUUGUAUUAAAAGCAGGAACAUGUGGAAAGUUCCCCUACUGAGUACAGACCCAGAAGUUUUAAUACACUGUGAUAAAAUAAUAUAACAAAGCUCAUGAGCGAUAGAAUGACAACAGUCUUACCCGACGUUGAUACAUAUCAAUCAAACAGGGUUUAUUCAAAUUAGACACAAACUAAUACAUGUUUCAGUUUAAAGCAAUACGCAAAAAAAGAUAUGGAUUUAUUAAUAAUGUCUGUUGGUUGAAAAAGGCGGAAUGACCAUUUCUAUUCAAAACAUUACAAGCGUUGAACUUUACAGCAAAAAUAAUACAUUUUAUAAAAAUAUGAUAUUUUUCAAGAUCUUCAUGAAUAAGAAAAAGAUUACAUGGACAGGGGGGGGACCUGAUCCUAGAUCAGCACUCAUUUUAUGAGGCCCAGUCAAUAGCUCUCACAAUCAGACUAUCACGUUUCAGGUAAGACCCAAAUGCAGACUGUGUUGAAGUAACAAUGUGUAUUACAGCAACAAGGGGGAGGAAAACGACAGGUCAAGGCAGGCAGGGGUCGGUAAAUCAAGAGUAGGGGCCAAGGUACAGGACGGCAGGUUGGCCCAGGGUCAGGUCAGGCAGGGGUCGGUAAAUCAAGAGUAGGGGCCAAGGUACAGGACGGCAGGUUGGCCCAGGGUCAGGUCAGGCAGGGGUCGGUAAAUCAAGAGUAGGGGCCAAGGUACAGGACGGCAGGUUUGCCCAGGGUCAGGUCAGGCAGGGGUCGGUAAAUCAAGAGUAGGGGCCAAGGUACAGGACGGCAGGUUGGCCCAGGGUCAGUAAAUCAAGAGUAGGGGCCAAGGUACAGGACGGCAGGUUGGCCCAGGGUCAAGGCAGGCAGGGGUCGGUAAAUCAAGAGUAGGGGCCAAGGUACAGGACGGCAGGUUGGCCCAGGGUCAGGUCAGGCAGGGGUCGGUAAAUCAAGAGUAGGGGCCAAGGUACAGGACGGCAGGUUGGCCCAGGGUCAAGGCAGGCAGGGGUCGGUAAAUCAAGAGUAGGGGCCAAGGUACAGGACGGCAGGUUGGCCCAGGGUCAGGUCAGGCAGGGGUCGGUAAAUCAAGAGUAGGGGCCAAGGUACAGGACGGCAGCUUGCCUAGUUAAAUAUAAGGUUCAAAUUAUAAUAAUAUAAUAAAAAUUAAACUUGUGCUCAUAAAAAUGUAAUGAUCUAUUGCUUGUACAGGGUUGGGGGAACAUAUGCCAGGGCUAGUGUGUGGGUGCAGGCUUUGGUUCUAGCCAAUCAUGUUGAUUAAUAAAAUCAGGCUGCAACAAAAUCCUGCAGGCACAGAAACACUGGCCACACCCCUGUUUGAACUUGGUCCUGUUUACACUUCUGACGACACAACUCUGAAACAAAAUGAGGCCGUUAUUACCCAGUGUACACUAUCACAUCUCAAUGAGGCCAUUAUUACCCAGUGUACACUAUCACAUCUCAAUGAGGCCAUUAUUACCCAGUGUUCACUAUCACAUCUCAAUGAGGCCGUUAUUACCCAGUGUUCACUAUCACAUCUCAAUGAGGCCGUUAUUACCCAGUGUUCACUAUCACAUCUCAAUGAGGCCAUUAUUACCCAGUAUACACUAUCACAUCUCAAUGAGGCCAUUAUUACCCAGUGUUCACUAUCACAUCUCAAUGAGGCCGUUAUUACCCAGUGUUCACUAUCACAUCUCAACGAGGCCAUUAUUACCCAGUGUACACUAUCACAUCUCAAUGAGGCCAUUAUUACCCAGUGUUCACUAUCACAUCUCAAUGAGGCCAUUAUUACCCAGUAUACACUAUCACAUCUCAAUGAGGCCAUUAUUACCCAGUGUUCACUAUCACAUCUCAAUGAGGCCAUUAUUACCCAGUGUUCACUAUCACAUCUCAAUGAGGCCAUUAUUACCCAGUGUUCACUAUCACAUCUCAAUGAGGCCAUUAUUACCCAGUGUUCACUAUCACAUCUCAAUGAGGCCAUUAUUACCCAGUGUUCACUAUCACAUCUCAAUGAGGCCAUUAUUACCCAGUGUACACUAUCACAUCUCAAUGAGGCCAUUAUUACCCAGUGUACACUAUCACAUCUCAAUGAGGCCAUUAUUACCCAGUGUUCACUAUCACAUCUCAAUGAGGCCAUUAUUACCCAGUGUACACUAUCACAUCUCAAUGAGGCCAUUAUUACCCAGUGUACACUAUCACAUCUCAAUGAGGCCAUUAUUACCCAGUGUUCACUAUCACAUCUCAAUGAGGCCAUUAUUACCCAGUGUACACUAUCACAUCUCAAUGAGGCCAUUAUUACCCAGUGUACACUAUCACAUCUCAAUGAGGCCAUUAUUACCCAGUGUUCACUAUCACAUCUCAAUGAGGCCAUUAUUACCCAGUGUACACUAUCACAUCUCAAUGAGGCCAUUAUUACCCAGUGUACACUAUCACAUCUCAAUGAGGCCAUUAUUACCCAGUGUACACUAUCACAUCUCAAUGAGGCCAUUAUUACCCAGUGUACACUAUCACAUCCCAAUGAGGCCAUUAUUACCCAGUGUACACUAUCACAUCUCAAUGAGGCCAUUAUUACCAGUGUUCACUAUCACAUCCCAAUGAGGCCAUUAUUACCCAGUGUACACUAUCACAUCUCAAUGAGGCCAUUAUUACCCAGUGUUCACUAUCACAUCUCAAUGAGGCCAUUAUUACCCAGUGUACACUAUCACAUCUCAAUGAGGCCAUUAUUACCCAGUGUUCACUAUCACAUCUCAAUGAGGCCAUUAUUACCCAGUGUUCACUAUCACAUCUCAAUGAGGCCAUUAUUACCCAGUGUUCACUAUCACAUCCCAAUGAGGCCAUUAUUACCCAGUGUACACUAUCACAUCUCAAUGAGGCCAUUAUUACCCAGUGUUCACUAUCACAUCUCAAUGAGGCCAUUAUUACCCAGUGUUCACUAUCACAUCUCAAUGAGGCCAUUAUUACCCAGUGUACACUAUCACAUCUCAAUGAGGCCAUUAUUACCCAGUGUUCACUAUCACAUCUCAAUGAGGCCAUUAUAAACUGUUUACAGUGUCAAUUCUUUAAUCGUUAUACAUACUGUACACCCUGUAAUGAAGAGGUUGUUUUAGGACACAUACAACCAGGUGGUUCACAGGCUAGAACAGAGUACCGUACUUUACUUAAAUAAAUCAAAACAACACCACCAUUUCUAAAUGUGGCAUAACUGCUGACCUGUAACCAUGAAGUGGUAGGUGUUUCUCUAUGGGGUUAGAGCAACAAGUGGUGUUUAAUUUGACAUUUGUUAUUUUUUUGGUAUCGGGUUGAGGAGUCGAAACAGUAGCAUAUUGGUUCUGUUUAUAUUAGUCAAGGAAGUCUCUGUGAUAAUGUAGGUGAUGUCAUUAUCCGUAGUCCUAUUGCACGGAUAAUGUAUUUCCCUUUAACCUCUGAACCCUUUGCCCUCUGAACCCUUUGCCCUCUGAACCCUUUGCCCUCUGAACCCUUUGCCCUCUGAACCCUUUGCCCUCUGAACCCUUUGCACUCUGAACCCUUUGCACUCUGAACCCUUUGCACUCUGAAGCCUUUACACUCUGAACCCUUUACACUCUGAACCACCUGUGGCUGCUGCAGGUGGUGUACCAACAGAGCAUCAGUGGUAGUGUGGCUACUACAGGUGGUGUACCAACAGUACAUCCUCUGUAAUAACGGAGCUCAAAGGAACCCAGAUAUUAAUGGAACUAGUCUCCCCUCGCCCUCCUCUCUCCUCUCCACUCGCCCUCUCCCUCU